ACAAAUGUGAGAGAAAAAGAGAGACUUGUCAAAAAGUGUUGCGAAACGCGGUGGAAAAAUCGUGUUUAUUUUCCGUGAAAAGUGAGGAAAACCCGCCGUGUGCAGCUGCAAUGUUUCACCGCCUUUUCCAGAAAGUCUUUUGUGCCGAUGGCACACCCACGCGACCGGCGAUUGGCAGUCAAGAAGGUUCUGGGGAAAAAGGGAGCGAUACCGGCUCACAUGGAAUCUCCCUGACAAGUAUCCUUGGGCCACCGCGCCAAGUGGGCACCCUUGAGGACCUCCACAAGAAGUGCAAGGAAGUUUUCCCGGCCACUUUUGAGGGUGGCAAAGUGAUGAUCAACAAGGGAUUGAGCAAUCACUUCCAGGUCUCCCACACAUUAACCCUCAGUGGGGAUCCCGGAAAGACGGGCAUUAGUGGAUACCGUUUCGGGGCCACCUUUGUGGGUACCAAACAAAUGAGCCCUACGGAAAUGUACCCAGUACUCCUGGGAGAUAUUGAUCCAGCUGGAAACCUGAAUGCGAACAUCAUUCAUCAGCUCACAGACCGAAUUCGAGGGAAGUUUGCCGCCCAGAUUCAGGAUAGUCAAGUCAGUGCAGCCCAAAUGUCAGCUGAAUACCAUGGUCAUGACUUUACUGCCUCUGUUAUCACCGCCAAUCCCAAUCUUGUCAAUGGUUCAGGCAUCAUAAUUGGUCACUAUCUCCAGGGAAUCACAGACAAUAUCUCUCUGGGUAGUGAAAUUGUCUACCAAUUUGGACCAGCUGUUCCUGGUGGGGAGAAUGCCAUGAUUUCCCUUGCUGGCCGGCUCAUUCGUGGGGAUACAACAUGGACGGGCACUGUGGACUUUUCAGGCGUGCAUUUAUGCUACCACUCAAGGGCAAGUGAACAACUGCAACUCGCCGUGGAGGUAGAAACGAACUUCCGGAUGCAAGACUCGGUGGCCACAUUUGGCUACCAGGUGGACCUUCCGAAGGCUAAUCUAGUGUUCAAGGGCAUGGUGGAUACCCAUGGUACCGUAGCUGGAGUGUUGGAGAAAAAAUUGGAGCCACUGCCCUUCACCUUGGCCCUGAGUGGUGCCCUCAAUCACUCCAAAAAUCAAUUCCGCAUGGGAUGUGGCAUAGUUCUAGGCUAGUCCGCUCUCCUCCUAGGCUUUCGAUGCUUUUGAAAAUACCAAUAAAAAUUAUGUUGCGUAGAUGAA